ACUUUCCAAUGCUGGGUGUUUUUCAAAGCCAACCAGAGGUUUCUAAUCAUAGAAUACCAAUGGAUUUCUCCCCUUACCUGCUGUCAUCAAGUCCACCCACAUCAUCAGGCUUUGAACUCAUGGGCUACUCAACUCACUGCUCCAAUGGUCACAUCGGAUUCAGCCCAUCCUCCUUUCACACUGGAGACUGUCCUGAUCUGCAUUUUCAGGAUACUAAAUCACCAGACAGAAAUGCCAACUUAAAUAAACGGAGAAAUGGACCGUUGAAAUCUAUCAUUAUUAAAUCGGAAACUUCCAGUGAAUCAGAAGGAGAUUGUUCCUGUCCUGAAAGUCCCCACUCACCCGGAAGAAUUGCAAAAAAGGUGUCAUUUGCUGAUCAUAAAGGUCUUGCACUAGCUCAGGUGCGCUUGGUAAAAGAAGGGUCUGAUGAACCCCCUCAUUUGAAUCCAGAAAUAUUGUCAUCAUUGACCGAAGGUGCAAAUGCAGACAUCACUUGCAAACCUCCCAUUAAGUUAUGCUUCUCUCAGCCAGCGUCAGAUUACCUUGCCUUUAGGGACAAAGUCAGCAAGAAUUUAGUUGCACUAGAAAAUGUCAUUUUAAAAGAUUAUACAGUUGAAGGCACCAUCAAGGUUAAAAAUAUUACAUUUGAAAAGCAGGUGUUUGUGCGAAUUUCUUGGGAUGAGUGGAAAACAUUCGAAGACAUCAGCGCCACCUACAUUCCAGGUCCUGGGUCAAGCUACACAGAUUCUUUCGACACUUUCUCCUUUAAGAUUGACAUCCCACCAAAUUUUGAUGUCUCAAAGAAAAUCCAGUUUGCCGUGUGUUUCAAGGAAAAUGGCAUUGAACACUGGGACAGCAAUGGGGGCAAAAAUUAUUGCAUAGUAUCUGAGAAUUAUGGUUACAAUGAGCCAUCGUCUAAAGUAUCUACAAAGAGCUCAGACUGGAUUUCAGACACAUUUGUUGAGGGGUGGAAAGACUUCUCAGAGUCCCAAGAGGAAGAGUCAUCAACUCCGUACUACUGA